UACGGGUUUUUCUUGAUUGUCUUCACAAAAUCACUGUUUUUCAACAUUAAAAAUUUGAUAUUGUUUUUAUCGAAUAAAAACAAACAGACAAAAUUAAUAAUUACCUUAUCUAGGCAACUACGCUUUUGGAGUAUUAACGCGUAGUUUAUAAUUGAAACGGUUUCUUUAGUAUAGCCAAUGAGCACAAUGCUGACAUUUCGGGAUGCAAAAGACUAUUUGAUGAGUACUGUUGACAGGAAACCAUCUGGCAAGAUACCAGCAGGAGCACAGCAAAAUGUAUGGAUGACACUGAUGCCAGCUCCGAAGGACAACUAUAAUGAGGUUUACCCCUCUAUAAUUCUUGGAGACCGAGUCAUCGCAAGCUCUCCAGAAAAACUAAACUCUCUUGGAGUGACACAUGUGGUAAACUGUGCUUGUGGGGCGAAAUUCAAUAAGAUAAACACAAGUGAAGAGUUUUUUAAGGAAUCUGGGAUCAAGUUUCACGGAAUUGGCGCCACUGAUAUAAUGACGUACAAAAUGGCUCCACAUUUCGAGGCAGCAGCUUGUUUUAUAGAUGAUGCGUUGAACUCGGGUGGUAAAGUGUAUGUCCAUUGUAUGUCCGGAGUAAGUCGUUCGUCAGCCAUUGUUCUUGCAUUUCUUCUCCUAAAAAGAAAUACCCACCUUAUGGAUGCAUUGAAAUCCCUCCGCGAAAAGCGGGAAAUAUUACCGAAUGAUGGAUAUUUGAAUGAGCUGGUUGAACUCAACAAUAAACUUUAUGCACCAAAGACAGACUGAUUGUCGUGUGAUUCCCUUAUAAAAUUUAUCUGAAAUAUGGAUGUUGUUAUAAAAUCCGGAUGUAGUGGGUGAUAAACGGGUAUUUAAAGUAAUUUUAUUUUUUAUAAUUAUACUGUAUAAGGAUUUAACAUCUCAAACGAAACUGAAGAUAAACAAUACACCUGGUCAAACAUCGGAUAAGACUAAUUUGUUGAUUGUUUCUGUAAUUUGUUUGUGUUAAAAUAAACUAAUGAACAGAUUUAUUGUACAGGUUAUAUCAUAUGUAAUCUUAUACACGUUUUUCAUACAUGUACUUUUUUGAGAAAUUUCUUAUUCACAUAAGUUUACAUACUCUGCAUAUACAUCUAUACACAAAUAAUGUGAAGCAAUAUCAUUUACAUUAAAGAAAAAAAACCUAUUCAGUU